AGGACGAAACAUGGCGGCUUCCAGUAAGAAGGUGUUUGAGCUGUUUGUGUCAAAAGUCCCGUGGACUGUCGCGACAAAGGAGAUAAAAGAAUAUUUCGGACAGUUUGGCCAAGUGAAAAAAUGCCUGCUGGUUUUCGACAAAGAGACAGGCUUUCAUAGGGGCUUUUGCUGGGUGGGUUAUUCGUCAGAGGAAGGACUGCAGAACGCGCUUCAGAAAGACGGACAUGUUCUGGAGGGAAGCAGGCUCCAAGUACAAAAGAACAGACGACCAUUUAUGGGGAGGAAAGCAAACAAAGAAGCAGAUGAAAGCUGAACAAGAACAUUGAAUAAUGUGAAAAUUGUGUUUUUUGUCCAUCAUUACAAAUCUGUAAUUUAUGUCUAUGAAAUAAACAGUUGUCUGUGGAAA